AUGACCCAGGAAAGACCCAAUCACUUCCUUGAUGGAAGGGCUAAACAAUAUUCUGUCCUUGUGAGGAGUCUAAAGUGCAAGGCUACUACACAUUCUUUCCAUAGCCUCAGAAUUGAGAAACCCCUUGGUUUGCAAAUUGGUGAUCAAGAACAAGCAGCAGUUCAAGUAUCCCUGAUGGGGAAAGUGCAAGGUUUUAACCUUCUAUCCUUUGGUGGCUGCUUUGAUGGUUGUCGAGACCACACUCAAGGUUCUGGAUAUGGGACAAGGAUAUGGAACCUCAGUGAUCGACCAGUGGAGCUGCAAAUAAGGGUGGGAUCAAUACUGAAGAAGAUUCACACGUUGAAGCCAGGGUCUUCUAAAAGACUGAAAUGUAAAAGCAUAUAUAAGGCUUAUAUGCCCGGAAGGAGUGGCAGUGUUGGAGGGAGCUUGAAGAGUUUAUUGUAUUACUAUGAUGAAACAAGUCACCCUUACAUUUGGAUUCAUGACACAGGGUGUCAUUCCUUAAGGAUGGCUAAGCAGCAGUAUAUCAGCCUCGAGGAUCUGAGGGAUUCUUCUGAGAUCAAAGUCUUCUGGGAUCAUCAGAGAGGCUCUAUAUCAGUCCGGAAGAGAACAAGGCCAGAUUUCUGCUGA